AUGGUAUUGCCAGAGUAUCAAACGUCUCUGUUGAAUAAAGUUGACGGCUCUUCGACUAUUUCGAUUGGCGAGGUCAAAGUAAUUUGCUCGGUAACCGGACCAAUUGAAGCUAAACCACGACAAGAAUUACCAACACAAUGUGCCAUAGAGGUGAACAUAAGGCCCGAAGUGGGUGUCGGCUCCACAAGAGAGAAAAACAUGGAAGACAAGCUGAGAGUUGUUCUAAAUGGAACUAUUAAUAAAUUUCAGUAUCCAAGACAGCUGAUUCAAGUACAUUUGCAUAUUAUAUCAAAGAGUCAAGCGACGGAGAAUAACCUGAAGGAUCUACAUGCCUGUAUCAAUGGAGCGUACCUGGCACUUAUUGACGCUAACAUAUCUCUUUUGAGUUCAUUCUUGUCGACAUAUGCCGUAAUCAACGAUGAUAGACUGAUAUUCAAUCCAACUUCUGAACAAAUUCAAUCCUCAAUAUCUCAUCAUUUGGUCUGCUUUGAUAUCAAAAGCGGCAGGGCCGAUGAACUUUUGUUCGUCGACUCAGUGGGGGAGUUCACGGAGGGGGAACUUAUGACAGUAUUGGACCAAAGCAUAGAAGAGAUUGAAUCGAUGAAUAAAAUCGUUCGAAAGACAAUAACCGAGAAAGUGUCAAGGGACUAUAUCUGGAAAUACUAA